GUGUUCGCCCCCCUUUCGCUGGCCGCUCAACCGAGCGUGCUCUCUCCAACAAGUCAAGACCGUUCCUCUCUCUCUCUCUCUCUUCGUUCCUUCCACUCCCAUAGCUGAGGCCGCAUACCUCCUCAGGAUGCAGUGUAGACCUGUCCAUUGGCUGGCAGACAUCGGUUCUUUUUCGAAACGGCCACCGAGACUUCGUGAAACCGAGAGGACAGAAGGGACAAACGUGACGAUGUGGUUGCUCUAUCUGUUUGCGCUGUGUACCUGGUCACUGUCAUGGGGUCAGGUGAUCAACAGGGCGCCACACUUCGUGCAGGGUGGCGACAUGGCCAGGCUAGCCGUGUCAGAACGCACUCCACCUGGUGCACCCGUCUACACUCUUCAAGGUGAGGACCCUGAAGGUUCCAAACUGCACUACUCCAUCAGUGGGGAAUACUUCACGGUGGACAGAGACAGCGGCGUGGUCGUUCUGCGAAAGGCGUUAGACAGGGAGACACAGGAUCUGAUCGAAGUGAUCAUCAGCAUAACGGACGAGGGGGUCGCGGGGUCGGAGCCGAACACGGUAUCUCUCCGGCGAGAAAUAGCGGUGCUCGAUGAGAACGAUAACCCGCCGGUAUAUCACGGGAGACCGUACGCGGCUAGGGUGCCGGAAAGUGCGCACGUGGGUGGCCUGCUCGUUCCCGCUGGCACGAUCACGAUCACAGACCGCGACGGUGGCGUGAACGCUGACGUCCACGUGGACUGCGUCCCUGCGUCCCGCGACGACGACGUCUGCGACGUCUUCGACGUUUCCACCGAGAAGUUGGCCGAGGGAAAGUACGAUGUACAAAUUAGUCUCGCGAAGCCGUUGGACUAUGAGAGGAGAAACUCGUACCUGAUCAACUUGUUGGCAGUCGACGGUGCUAGCGAUGUCUCCAAGAGGCUGCAGGCCAGAGCCACGGUGGCUGUAGACGUCCUCGACGUCCAAGACCAGCCACCGGUGUUCCUGAACGCGCCGUACAGCGCAGCACUUCCGGAGAACACGGCAGCGAACCACACAGUCCUGACGAUCCGAGCUCGUGACGGUGACACCGGCGAGCCACGAACGCUCCUCUUAACAUUAGAAGAAGAAGAGUCCGGUCACUUUAAUCUAGAAGUAUCAAGAGAGGGCGACGUCACAGUUGGAAAAUUAGUCACGGCGAACAUUUCCCUGGACAGGGAAGACCCAAGGAUUUUACAGAACGGUGGGAUCUACACGUUCCAAGUGAAGGCCACGGAGUUGAUUAAUAAUGAGAUCCCAGCUGAGACUGCGACGUCGAUUGUGACGAUCGUCGUCACCGACGUUGACGAUCUAGCUCCUGUGUUUAAUGAAGACCAGUUUAAUAUUACUAUCUUUGAAGACAUCGGCAAGGACACGCCGUUACCUGGGUUGAAUAUGAUCGUCAGUGAUGGGGAUGUGGGUGACAAUGCUAAAUACACGUUGGCUCUGAGGGACGCGCCGGAUUAUCCUGGAAUCAGCAAGGCUUUCACUGUCAAUCCUGAGGAAGCACAAGGCAGGGUUCCUGUCGUAGUCAAAGCGAACGAUGUUACUGUGUUAGAUUAUGAUGUGGAUGAUCCUGCCAAGAGGGAAUUGGAGUUCGAAGUGGUUGCUAUUGUAGCGAACGAAGUGGUAGCUACCAGCAGAGUGCAUAUCCAUUUAAUGGACGCGAACGACCACAGCCCAGAGUUCUCCCAAUCGGUGUACAAGCUCUCAGUGCCCGAGGACGCCGAGAUAGGAACGGAAUUCAGCAACGUCUUCGCCAGAGACUACGACAGCGGUGCCUUCGGAGAACUGACGUACAUAUUACGAGGCUUCGGUGCUGACAAAUUUAAAACCGACCCGAAAACAGGAGGAAUAUCCGUGGCGAAGUCUUUGGACUACGAAACCCAGAAAUCAUACUCGUUAACGAUGGAGGCUAAAGACGGUGGUGGCAGAGUCUCAGCUGUGAACAUUUUAAUCGAACUGGAAGACGUGAAUGAUAACAAGCCUGUCUUCGAACAAAACGAGUACGCGAGGACUGUCCGCGAGGGAGCAACUAGCUUCGAUCCGCAGAUGUUCGUCAGAGCGACGGACGUCGACGGUCCGAUGCAAGGAAACGGGAAAGUGACGUAUUCCAUUAGCUCACACAACAGCAUGACGAACGAUGUCUUCAAGAUAAAUCCAGAGACAGGUGAGGUGACGAUGGCGAAAGCGGUGAGGUCUGACGACACAGAGCGAGGCAUCUACGAGCUAAUAAUUCGCGCAACUGACUUCGGAACACCGGCAUUACACUCGGAAGCGAAGCUGUCGGUUAGAGUGGGAGUGCCAGGAAACCAGAAGCCCGUGUUCCGUGGAAAUUACAAAUCUAAUUUGCCGGGACCUAGUACUUAUCGAGCGCGACUGUUGGAGAACGCCUCACCCGGAACGGAGGUAAUUAGAGUCGUGGCGAACGACCCUGACGGUAGGGACAACCUGUUGCAGUACCAUAUCGCUUCCGGGGCUAAAGAUAAUUUCGUCAUAGAUCCCAGCUCUGGCGUUAUUACGGUUUCACCGGACGCCCGUUUGGAUCUGGAGACAGGUGGGGAGAAAUACGAAGUUAUAGUGCAUGCUAUAGACUCGGGAACACCUGUCAGGGAAACUGCCACUACCACAGUCACAGUUAACAUGGUAGAUGUGAACAACAAACCACCGACGUUCAACGAGUCCACGUAUCUCAUUUAUGUCUCAGAAAGAGCAACCAUAGGAGAUCCAGUAUUGAAAGUAAUGGCGACAGACCCGGACUCGGACGCGAACUUAGAGUACUCAUUAGUGGAGCCCAUAAAAGCAGUGGACAAAACGGGAGUCGCGCUGAAGAACACGGCAGGGUACGAUUACAAGACGGCGUUCAGGAUAAAUUCCACGACCGGUUUGAUAACAGUGAACCGGGUGCUGGACUAUCAAGUCGCUGCGGUGAUUAUUCUAACGGUGCAGGUGCAAGACCUGAACGCUGUAGUUGACAAAGAGAAACAGAUCACCAAAGUCGAAGUGACUAUAUACAUCCAAGCUUAUAGCGAUGACAAUCCGACGUUUACUAAUCCUGGAUGGUCGCCUAAUAAUCCUACGAUUAGGAUUUCUGUGCCUGAGGAACAACCACUAGGGACUACUUUGCUCAUGUUGUCUGCUAAGGAACCUACCACUGGCUAUCCUGUUCAGAGGUUUGAGCUAGUCAGGGAGGACGAUGAUGAGGGAUACGUGAACGUUGGCGUUCAAAGUGGCAACGUGGUUUUGAGCAAGAGACUGGAUUACGAAGCUCUCAAUUUAAAGUCGAUCCAGUUUAAAGUCAGAGCGCUGGCUAGGGACUAUGAAAUAACCCGGAGGAUGUCUGAAGCCAACGUGAUUGUAGAAGUGCUAGAUGUGAACGACAACAGCCCGACGUUCACUCAAAACGAUUACAAGAUUUCGAUAUUGGAAUCGGAGAAGCCUUCCAAAAUCGUGUUGAGCGUACGAGCCACUGAUCUGGACAGUUCUAACACUGAAGAAGAAAUUAAAAGAGGAUACGGCGAAGUGAGAUACUCUUUGAUUGGAGAGAACGCUAAUAUGUUUGAGAUCGAGCCAACAAUUGGCAACAUUAAGAUCGCUGCUAAUACCACUUUGGAUAGAGAGAAGCAAUCUGUUCUCCGUUUCUACGUGGUUGCGUCGGAUAUGCCUCAGGGCGGUGCGGAACAGAGGAGCACCAGAGCUCUGGUGACGGUGGACGUUCUGGACGUCAAUGACAAUGCUCCGACCUUCGAUCAGGAAUCGUACACCGCUGUGAUACCUGAGAAUGCACCGAAAGGCGUCAGCGUUGUGAACAUCACAGCGACGGAUCCUGACGAAGGCGAGGGAGGGACGAUCAAUUAUGAAAUCAUCGAUGAAGGCGAAGCAAAUGGUCUAUUCAAGAUCAACCACACGACAGGUGAGAUCUACUCAGGCGGAGCCCUGACAGGAAAAGGCAGAACAGAACCGUACGUGAUGAGGAUCCGAGCUGAGGACAAUGGGAAGCCUGAACUGUACUCAGACGUGAUCUUAACUCUUUAUAUCGGAGACGUUGUGAGCAACGACGGUGUCCCGCUUUUCAUCAGACCCACUCUCGAAGAAGUAGCCCACAUAGCUGAGAACUCAACGAUCGGAAGUCCGGUGUUCCAGGCGGUGGCUUCAGACCCAGAUGAUCCGAACUUGCCGAACGGUAAAAUCACGUUCAAAUUCCUGGAAGACGGGAACUUCGGCAAGGACGCAAGUGCCUUUAAGAUAAACAGCGAGACCGGCCUGAUAACGACUAGAAAAUUGCUGGACAGAGAAACCAAGGACAGUUACACGUUGAUAUUAGUGGCGCAGGACUUAGGAAGUCCUCCGCAGCAGGCGACAAGAGUGCUUCAGGUGAUAGUGAACGACAUCGACGAUCACAAGCCACACUUUAAAAGAACUUUAGACAGCCCGCCGAUAGAAUUAUCUGUACUCGAAGAGGAACCACUUGGGACCAAAGUGGGAAUCAUCGAAGCCAUCGAUGAAGACAUUAAUGAGAACGGAAUGAUUGACUACGCAAUUGUUUAUGGGAACGAAGCUGGUUUGUUUGUCGUAGAACGUUUAAAUAAUUCAGCAAUUAUCAAGACGAAUGGUCGUUUAGACAGAGAGACGACUGAUCGCCAUUUAAUAACAAUCAAAUGUUUCCCAUAUUCUACAAAGAAGUCUGACGUCGUUCCCAAGCCUUACAAUAGACAGGAUCCUUCAGAGAGACAAGUUCUAAUCAGAGUGUUAGACAUCGAUGACAACAAGCCUAAGUUUAAAAAAGAGAAUGUCACUUUAGGUGUCCGUUUGAACGUGCCUAUAGACACCAGUUUGAUAACCUUGGAAGCUACUGACAUUGACUCUGAGGCACUGCCAAUUAACUACAGCAUGGGCAAAGCUUCUUUCACUUCUCUGGUCGACCCUGCCAUGUCUAAGAAGAAGAUUCCCUCGCAGUUGUCAUUGAAUCCUCAAACUGGUGAGCUGAGGACGACUGGAUCCAUGUCCAACUACGCUGACGGCUACAUGGAGCUCACGAUCACUGCCAACAAUUCUGUCACUCCUGGCAGAGAAACGAACAUCACCUUGAAGAUAUUUCUACUACGUGACAGAGACAUGCUGAAGUUCGUCUUCUCUAAACCACCAGUGGAAGUACGAAGGACAUUAGAGGAUUUCGAGAAGGCAGUGCAGCAGGCUUUAUCACUGCCCAUUGCUGUCAACGUUUACGACACUCAGUUCUAUUCGAAGGAGGACAAUUCUCUUGAUUUCUCAUCGACCAGCUCGUGUUUCCAAAUGGUUGGCAAGGAGGCGUACGACCUGGACGAGAUGAAGGCUCUGUUGACUGACCCUAAGAACGAGGAGUUGAAGAAGGUUUAUAGGAGUUAUAAUGUUGAGAAGGUGCAGCACUGUGCGGCUCUGGUGGCCAGGGCUGAUGCUUCCAUGACCCAAAUGUGGGUUCUGGCUAUUGCGGUGCUCGUCGGUGCGGCGACUAUCGUCUCCAGCUGCGCUCUCUGCUGCAUGCACUCCAAGUAUAAACGGCACGUGAAACACGCCCGUUUGCGUGAGCAACCGCGACCGCCUCUGAGCUACGUCUCUUCAGGGCCGGGAAUGGUCAGUGCUGCGUCGCAUACAACGUUGGGACCUGGUACCAUGGUUUCCCUUGGGCCUCACGAAGGCCCAUACGAAUGGGGAGCGGACACCACGCUAUAUCACCCGAGUACUCUUGGCUCCAGGACAUAAUAGAGCUUUGAUUCAGGGGUCAUCUGAUGGAAAUGAAGGAGUAUCAUAUGUCUACUUGGAUGUUAUUCGAUUUGCCAUAAAUUUUGAUAAUUUGACACGAAGUGUGAUAAUAUGAGUAAUGAGAAUGACUGCGGAUUUUAUGCAAUCGUGAGAAGAGUACAAGCAGUGUCAUGUAUAAAAAUAUAGUAAAUAUCAACAGUAGUUGUUGGAGAAUUUAAAAGAUAAAACUGCUAUUUAAUGCCCACUUCUUUUAAACAGUAAAUAUUUUGCAUAAAAAUCUGCAGUCCUUAGGAAGGAAGCUGAAGAUACUCUGAUUCAAAAGAACGUGAAAUCUCUCUCUCUCUCACUUAAUAAUUACAAGCGUCAAUCAAAGAUAGAGUACAACUUUUUAAUAAUUAUGUUAAAAUCUUGAAGUCUCAAACAUGUGAUGAAAUGACAGAUGGUAAAAAUUUGAGAAGGAAUUGUAUUAUAGUAUAGGUGAAAGUCGACGAAUGGUGCUAUAAAUAUAAGGUGGAGAAUAUGUUCGUGCCAAAAUACAGGGACACGUGUAAUAAAUUACGUCGCUCACGAGGGAACCUGACGAACCUUGACACGUCAACUCCAACAAAACUUAGGAUACAAUCUUAAGCCAGUGAAUAGAAAUUGGAGCACUUACUAUAUAAUUUAAACAAAAUGUGUGUCAAGGUUGGAUGGGUUUGUCGGUAGUAUUAAAAUACUAACUAGAUUUUAUGAAUUUUAGAGAGUGCUGCACAAUUUUUAAGAUACGCAGCGCUAUUGUAAUAUACAUAUAUUUAAUUUUUAAGGAUGAAAUAAUAAACUGUACAUUUUUUAGUUUUGUUUAUGAAA